ACACACACCGUGUUAGCCCUAGCUUCAGUCACCCGAUGAAUAAUCUGUAUUUUGAUAUCUAAUGUUGGUUACCUUGGUAAUUGGACGAUAUACACUUGGUCCUGGUGACGAUAUUGAUAUAAAUAGAUACACCACUUGCGUGAUGAUAUUCGAGUCAAUGUGACAAAAGUUAACCUACUUUAAAACCGUCAAUACAAGGUAUUGCUAUGUCCCAGAACAUCUAUGAGUGUGACGUUCUGCUAAAGACGCCAUUAGAACCGAGCGACCAGAAUGAUGACCGGAAGGAUAGUUUAAAGGGAACCAAUACUUCUCCACUAGUAUUGAGAGGCUUACAAUAUAAGGUCGACGAUAAUCCGCCAUGGCAUACUACAAUACUACUGGGUUUCCAGCACUACUUAAUGCUGUUGAGCUCCAACCUCGCCACGCCGGCAAUAUUUGCUACGAUAAUGUGUGCUGCUGGGAACAAACAAGUGACCUCGACCUUGUUGGGAAACAUGCUGUUCGCCUGUGGUAUUGGAACAGUUUUGCAGACAUUAUUCGGGACAAGACUGCCCAUUGUCCAGUGUCCCGCCUUUGCUUACGUCGUACCUAUGUUGGCGAUGAUAGAGAUAGAAGAGUUCGCCUGUCCAGAUUUUUCCGUUGUUGCAAACGCGACGGCUGGUGAAGUAAGUGGACUAUCAGAGGAUGAAUAUUGGAAAACACGCCUGAAUAUGCUUGCGGGAUCCGGUAUGGUUGCAGCCGGGGUAGAAAUCAUCAUAGGUGCAAGUGGUAUAAUCAACAUUUUACUACGGUAUAUAGGACCGCUUACAGUCGCCCCAACCAUCAUGAUGAUUGGACUUGGAGUCACAAAGCUCGGAUUUAACUUAGCGGGAAAACACUGGGGUAUUAGUUUAGGAACAAUUAUACUGAUUAUAGUAUUAUCUGAGUGUAUACCUAAAUUCUCCGUAAACGUCGCCUGCAGUUGCACCAAGUGCCCAGCUAAAACUGAUGUGGUCUUUCACAAAAUGUUCUCGGUGAUUAUCUCCGUUUGUGUGAUGUGGUUACUAUGCUAUAUCCUGACUAUUACCGACGUGUUCCCGGUCGAUAAAACAGCCUAUGGUUAUGAUGCGAGAACAGACCUGCGUACAGAGAUUCUUCAUGAGUCCCCUUGGUUCUCAUUUCCUUAUCCAGGAAAGUUUGGUUUACCUGUGUUUAACACGUCAAUGUUCGUGGGGAUGAUUGCCGGUGUGUUGACCUCUAUUAUCGAGUCUAUUGGGGACUAUUACACGUGUGCACGCAUGGCCGGUGCUGUGCCCCCUCCACCCUCCGCUGUCAACAGAGGUAUUCUUCUGGAGGGUAUCGACUGUAUCCUCUCCAUUUUAGUUGGAUCCGGCUUUGGUGUGACUUCAUGCAGUCAGAAUAUCGGCGUUAUUAGUCUAACCAAGGUUGGUAGCCGCCGUGUGGUUCUCGUGGCUGGAAUGAUGAUGAUGUUUUUCGGCUGCUUCUCUAAGAUGAGCGCUUUUGUUGUUACUGUACCGGAUCCAAUUAUUGGAGCAGCAUUCAUCGUCUUAUUCGCUGUGCUGACUGCCGUUGGAGGGUCCAACCUACAGUACGCUGAUCUGAACUCUCCUAGGAAUAUGAUAGUGAUGGGCAUGGCCCUGUUUGUAGGCCUGGCCCUGCCACCAUGGCUGACGGAUAAUCAAAACUUAUUUCUGCAACUCGACUCCGGACUUCGACAGGUCAUCACAGCAUUGCUGGGAAAUAACAUAUUCAUGGCCUGCUUUACAGCACUGAUCCUGGAUAACCUCAUGCCAGGUACAGUAGAGGAACGAGGGUUGAUUGCCUGGCGACAGGUUUUUGAAGAUAGUGGAUCAGAUGUUGAUGGUACCACUAAUGCGAUGACCUUAAAGACGUAUGACCUGCCCUUUGGUAUGAGCUACAUCCGGAAGUGGAAAUGGACAUAUUAUAUCCCCUUCUCACCUACUUUUUCUCGGAACGGACUGUGCUGUUCGGCCAAAAAAUGACCAGGAAUUCUGGAAUGAAAGUUUACCUGUGUUGAUAUUGACUAUGGUGAUGGUUAUUAAACAAUUGUUCGAAACACAAAACUACAUACCUAAAUAUUUCGACUACGUUGAGGCCUUCAUCAUUAGGACUGAGACUCGUUUGUGGUUAUUACCUGAGGUCCCUUGACCUGUCGGAAACAUGACCGCAGGAGCAAGCUAUAAACACCAUGUAGACAGUACCUUCCCAGAUCCUCGUUAAGGGUUGGCUGGUACAGGCGAUUGUAGAUUUCGCACCGUACCCCACGUUCAAGAUACCUCGCAUUCCUGCCUAGUAUAAGCAUCUCAGGUCGAUAAAGUGUCAUCAAUGUAACUCAAUGACGCGCUCCUGAGGUCACAUGGCAAUGUCAGUCCUACUUUUUGGGUAUUUAUAGUAUUGUGUUUCGAACUGAAAUAAAAAGUAUAAAAAACACCAUCA